AAAAAUGUAUAAUACAAAUCGAUUCGUUUAUGCUGUGAUAGAUUCAGGAAACAGAAACAAAGAAAAUGGAUUCCAGUUGCAUAGACGAGAUAAGUUCCUCCACUUCAGAAUCUUUCUCCGCCACCGCCACCGCCACAAAGUUCUCUCCUCCUUCUCAUCCGGCUGCGGCGUUACGCCUUUACCGGAUGGGAAGUGGCGGAAGUAGCGUCGUGUUGGAUCCCGAGAACGGCCUAGAGACGGAGUCACGAAAGCUACCAUCGUCAAAAUACAAAGGUGUGGUUCCUCAGCCUAACGGAAGAUGGGGAGCUCAGAUCUACGAGAAGCACCAACGAGUAUGGCUCGGGACUUUUAACGAGCAAGAAGAAGCUGCUCGUUCCUACGACAUCGCCGCUCGUCGAUUCCGUGGCCGCGACGCCGUCGUCAACUUCAAGAACGUUCUGGAAGAUGGCGAUUUAGCUUUUCUUGAAGCUCACUCUAAGGCCGAGAUCGUCGACAUGUUGAGAAAACAUACUUACGCCGACGAGCUUGAACAGAACAACAAACGUCGGUCGUUUCUCGCCGUCGACGCUAACGGAAAACGUAACGGAUCGAGUACUACUCAAAACGACAACGUUUUAAAGACGCGUGAAGUUCUUUUCGAGAAGGCUGUUACACCUAGCGACGUCGGGAAGCUAAACCGUCUCGUGAUACCUAAACAACACGCGGAGAAACACUUUCCGUUACCGUCACCGUCACCGGCAGUGACUAAAGGCGUUUUGAUCAACUUCGAAGACGUUAACGGUAAAGUGUGGAGGUUCCGUUACUCAUACUGGAACAGUAGUCAAAGUUACGUGUUGACCAAGGGAUGGAGUCGAUUCGUCAAGGAGAAGAAUCUCCAAGCCGGUGAUGUUGUUACUUUCGAAAGAUCGACCGGACUAGACCGUCAGUUAUAUAUUGAUUGGAAAGUCCGGUCCGGUCCGAGGGAAAACCCGGUUCAGGUGGUGGUUCGGCUUUUCGGAGUUGAUAUCUUUAAUGUGACUACCGUGAAGCCAAACGACGUCGUAGCCGUUUGCGGAAGCGUUGUGAACCCUGAAAGUAUGACAUACAGAUUUGGUUAUUUUCUCUUAACUUUGCUAACGGGAAAGCAAAUUCCUUUAGACCUUUCUAUACUUGAAAAAGAUGUCAUUGAGCUAAUGGAUCCAAAUUUAGAGGGCGAGUUCUCAACAGAAGAAGCUACCAUAGUUUUCAGUCUCGCCUCUCAAUGUCUGCAAUACAAUGAUAGACUCAACAUCACUGAGCUUACUGCAAAACUUGAACUCUUGCAAAAUAAAGCACAAGAGGAGGGAGCAUCUUCAAGUCCACAGGAACAACUUGCACCUUUGCAACGUCCCCCCACAAAACCAGCAACCAGAGUUGCAGGAUUUCGCAGGUCUGUUCCCAGACGCAAACAGAAGACGACUCCUAUUCAGAGCGAUGAAGAGAUACAAGCGCAAAACAGAGAGGAACUCGAACAAAUGCAGAUAAGAGUAGUACAAAAGGCUAAAAACCAGCUUGAAAAGCCUAAAGCGAAGAACAAAAUGGGACCUAGCAAACCUGGCCAGUCCACAAAGCCAAGAAGGAAUCAGUUUUAGGAGGGUUUUAUUGGAUACAUCAUUCUAUCUACCAGACUUUAAGAAAUUGUAUUUUGCAUUGAGAUAAUGUCUGCCAAUCUGUUUAGUUUUCUACUUUUUUUUUUUUUGUAUUUUUUGGUCUUUGCAUUUACUCCAUGUUUUAUGUUGCAUUAGACUCGGCUUUACUAUGGAUUUUAUAAAGGUUUUGUUUAAGU